AUGAAUCAAUGGCGUGAAUGCCGGAAACGGGGUGGAAAGAAUUCUCCAUUUGCAUAUUUCCUUCUGUUCGAAGACAAACUCUCCAACGAACGAAUACCAAUUUCUGCUGAGGAAGAAAAGCAAGGCAAUUAUCAUGUGGUUCGAUUUUCAGAGAAAAGCACCACAUUUCUUUCUUUCUUUCUUUCUUUCUUUCUUUCUUUCUUUUUUCUACUGAUCUAUUGUUCUUCAUAUUGUCAUAUUUUCAAGGAACCUUAUAAUCGCUUCCUUCAUUUGUCUUUCUUUGUUUCUUUCUUUGUCUUUUUCUUUCUUUCUUUCACUUUUCACUCGUUCUUUCUUUCUUUCUUUUUCUUUCUUUCAUUCAUUCUUUCUUUGUUUCAUCCAUUCUUUCUUUCUUUCUUUCUUUCUUUCUUUCUUUUCCUAGCGACAAAUAACCAUUUAAAAGAAAGUCAGCAACUGAAUCUUACCAUUAUCUAUCUAUCUAUCUAUCUAUCUAUCUAUCUAUCUAUCUAUGAAUGUGUUCAUUAUCUAUCUAUCUAUCUAUCUAUCUAUCUAUCUAUCUAUCUAUCUAUCUAUAUCAAUGUGUUCAUUUUCUAUCUAUCUAUUUAUCUAUCUAUCUAUUCUGUUCAUUAUUAUCUAUCUAUCUAUCUAUCUAUCUAUCUAUCUAUCUAUCUAUCUAUCUAUCUAUCUAUCUGA